GUUUGACAAAUAAUUUAGCUGGUGUGCAAUUGUUGAACUGGUUGGAUGUCAUACACAUUGCCACCUGUGCAUUACAAAUCCGAAUUCUCGACUUAGUAAAAGAAAAAAAGAAAAAAAUAAUAAUGUAAUAAUUUUGACGGUAGAUAUUCCUCCCAGUGGAGAGCAAGCGGCUGUGUAUAUCGAAUAUCAAAUCCACACGAAGCAAGAAGGAAAGGGUGGAGGUGGAGGUGGAGGAUUGGCAAAACUGAAAAAAAAAAAAAAAAAAAAACAGAUAAAAAAGAAAAAAGAAAAAAAAAGGAAAAAGAAAACAAAGAAUGGGGAAGAUGAGGUCGAGGGAAGAGUUAGCAGCGAUAGUUUCCUCCGUAACGUCGGAGGUGAUUCUUGUUUUAAUUCUCUUCCUCUUCUCUUUCUCCAACUCCCCUUCUUCUUCUUCUUCUUCUUCUUCUUCAAUUACUAGCUCUUUUCAUCUCCUUCUCAAUCUUCUCCUUCUCUUCAACCCCUCUGAGAUUGCCGCUUCCAUCUCUCUUCUCUCCCACCACCAUCCUGCUUCCCUUCCCCCUCCCACUUCCACUCCCACUCCCACUCCCACUCCCACUCCCACUCCCUCUCCCUCUAGAAAGCGGAAAAGGUCAUUGCAUCUCCACCACGCCCAUUGCGAACAACAGCAACCUUCCAUCCCAAACAGCCCCAAUGCCCUUUUGUCCUUACCACUCUCAGAUUCCAAUUCCUUCAACUCGUCUUUCCGCAUGACCCCCUCCACCUUCAAAUGGCUCUCCAGUCUCCUCGAACCUCUCCUCGAAUGCCGUGAUCCCAUCGGUUCCUCCCUCAACCUCUCCCCUGACAUCCGCCUCGCCAUUGGCCUCUUCCGCCUUGCCACUGGCUCCCCCUACUCUGACAUCUCCCGUCUUUUCCAUGUUUCCCCCUCCACCUCCAGGUUCUGCACCAAGCAUCUCUGUCGAGUCCUCUGCACCAACUUUAGGUUCUGGGUCUCUUUCCCCAACCCUUCUGACCUCCAAUCUGUCUCUUCCGCUUUCCAAGUCCUCACUGGUUUCCCCAAUUGCUGUGGCAUCUUAGACUGCGCCCGCUUUGACGUCCUCAGGGAUGAUAAUCUCAAAGUAAGUAUAGCUGCCCAGAUCGUCGUUGACUCUCAAUCAAGGAUUCUAAGCAUCAUGACUGGUUCCCGUGGUGACAAGGGGGAUUUCACUCUUCUUAAAUCUUCGUCUCUGUACGAGGACAUCCAAGCAGGGCAUAUCUUGAACUCACCACCUGUUUACCUGAAUGGGGUUGCCAUUCCUCAAUACCUAAUUGGGGCUGGAGGAGGCUAUCCCUUACUCCCUUGGCUGAUGGUUCCAUUUACCAGCCCUGCACAUGCCUCUUCUGAAGACCAUUUCAAUGCCACCCAUCAGUCCAUGCGUCGGCCUGCCCUCAGAACCCUUGCAAGUUUGAGGGGUUGGGGCAUCUUGAGGUGUCCUAUACAAGAGGAGAUCAAUGUUGCUGUUGCGUGUAUUGGCGCAUGCUCAAUCCUCCACAAUGUUUUGCUCAUGAGGGAAGAUUAUUCAGCCCUCUCUGAUGGAAUGGAUGAUUACUCGUUGCGCCAUCAGAGCUCGCAGUAUUAUCAUGACUCUGGCUUGGAGGAGUGUUUGAUUGAGAAGAAGGCUUACACCAUACGAAGUGCAUUGGCUGUGAGAGCAAGAGAGCUUCACAGGGAUUCAAAUGUGAAAAAUGAGGAGAAUCAAUAGCACAGAUGCUGGGUCUGCUGCUGCUGCUCUAUGCAGAGUGAACAACUCGCUGAUCAAUAUGCUGGUGCUUAAGGGGGCAUUGGAGAAGUCCUGAAAUGGCUGUACUGCCUACCAUCCAUUGUGUUGAUGUGACUUCUCUGGAAGCCAUGGGAUUCAGGAAAUGCAGAAAGCCCAUUCUGCAUUGGGCUGAACAGACUUCUCCUGUCCAACCAGUCAAAAAGGGCAAUGGAGCUUAUUUCUUGAAGUGCAUGCUUUGAUAUGGUUGAAUUUCAUCUCAGACCAGAGGUGUAUGGCGCCAGCAUAUUACAGUUCAUGGCUAGUUCUGUUGAAUUUCUACCUCAUCAUGUCUUCUUGUGCAUGAGUGGAUAUGUUUAAACAUUACAUCACACAGUUACAGAGUGUGGGAUAUGCUCACAUGGUUUACACGCUUGGCACGUUAAGGGAGCUGGUCCAUAUAUGCAUGCAGUGAUAUCCACACCA